AUGGGUGAUUUAAGUGCCCUGCAGGAAGUGCUAACCAGUGGUGAAAGGAUGAACUGUGUGCAAGAGUUUUAUCGCGACGCUACCAUCCUGAUCACCGGCGGCACCGGGUUCAUUGGCAAAGUGUUGCUGGAGAAGUUGUUACGCUGUUUCGGGGUGAAGACAGUGUUUUUGCUUGUCAGGGAAAAGUGCAACAAAACGGUCGAUGAGCGAUUGGAUGAGGUGUUCGAAGAUGUGAUAUUCGACGCAAUCAAAUCUUCCCCACACAACGGGAAGCCUCUGUUCGCGAAAGUGAUCCCGAUCGAGGUAAACUUCCAAUCGGAUCAGGUUAUCUCUUCGUCCGAUCACCAGCGUUUGCUGGCGGCCCAAGUGGAGAUUGUGUUUAAUGUGAUGGCAUCGGUCAAGUUCAACGAAGACAUCGAAACGGCUCUCGACACGAAUGUGCUGUCGUCGCGCAAGUUGUUUCUGCUAGCUCAGCAGCUUCCCCACAUCCGCUCGAUCGUACACGUAUCCACAUUCUACUCCAACUGUCACCGAUCGCACAUCGAAGAACGCAUCUACGAGGAGCUACCGUUCGGUGGGUUUGAAAACAUUCUGGCCCUCUUUCGCCAUCUAACGCCGAAGGAAAAAGAUCAGCUGAAACCGAUCAUCCUUGGUCCGAUGCCCAACAGCUACACGUUCAGCAAGCGCUGUGCUGAGGUGAUGAUACAGCAGCAGUUCAGUGGCUUACCGAUCGCCAUCUUCCGGCCACCGAUCGUUUCUUCCGCGUACAAUGAACCAACGCCCGGGUGGGUAAACAACUUUAAUGGACCGGCGGGUAUGGUAGUACCCGUUAUACGUGGCCAAGUGUACUGGUGCUACGGUGCGGAUGAUGCUGCAGUGCACAUGGUUCCGGUGGACUACUGUGUCAAUGCGCUGCUGGCUGUUGGAUGGGAGAAUGGACAGCGGAAGCGGAUGCAGGAGUCUACCAUGAGCAAGGUUGUGCCAGUGUACAACUAUGCGUUUCGGGACAAUGUAGUCCGCAAUCGAGAUAUUGGAGCGUUGCUUGCGCUUGGAAUUGAUUCCACCUUGGGCAGGAUAUUUGGACGUUACACCAUCCACGUGACAUCAUCCCUCUUCAUGAGACAGCUGUUUAUAAAUUGGCUGCUAAUUCAGGCCUACGUUUCGGACACCUUCAACAAGCUAACAGGCAAAAAGGCAAAAAACUACGACCUUAUCAAACGAGUGGUAGCGCUGGAAGAUUCUACCAGCUACUUCCGCUGCAACUCGUGGACUACGGAGAAUGACAACAUCCGCCAGUUGUGGGAUCGACUGUCGGAGGACGAAAAGCGACUUCUACCCUUCGACGUGGAAACGCUCGACUGGAAGUAUUACUUUCACCAUUUUGUGAAAGGUGUUGCCGAUGCACUGAACCGACAUUGCCUAGCAAGACAUCGUGCUUGUAGUCCAAAGCCUUGCUGCUGA